GAUGACCUUGGCUACCGCGAAUAGUUUUCCCGCUUUAAUCGAAUCGUAGUAAAUAAAUAGUAAAUAUCAAAAUAUCAGAAAUAAUAAUAUAUGUGAAUUCUACUCAAAGAUUAAAACAAUUUGACUCCUUCUUUCUACUUAAGUACCAACCACACAAUCAAUUCAUAUUUCAAGAUGUUUGUGAAUCAGAAUGAUGUUAAAUCUUUCUUCAGUCAACAAAGUGGAUAUUCAUUGUGGCAAAGUUCAGAUGCACCAAUCAAAAGACUAAUAUGUACCAAACAAAAUUCUUACACCCAUCUCCUUCCCCAAAGAGAACCAGAUGAGUUUUAUAGAGAUACGCCAAUAUUUACAUGCAAGUUUUCCCCUAAAGAGGGAAAUGAGCACUUCUUAGCUUUAGCAAAUGAGGAUGGCAAGUUGGUGAUACAUGAUAGUAAUGCUAAGGAGAGGCAUGGAAUUCAUGCUCACAACAAUGCUAUUUUUGACCUGGCCUGGAUGUUCAAUGAAAUGAAACUAGUAACUGCUUCUGGUGACCACACUUCUAAAAUAUAUGACAUUGGAAAUGGAGAAAUUAAAUGCCAAAGAACUUUUUGUGGUCACACUAGAUCUGUUAAAACAGUCACUUUCAGAAAAGAUGAUACCAGUGUUUUUGCUACUGGUGGCAGGGAUGGAAAUAUCAUUCUUUGGGAUAUUCGAGCUGAUACAAGUAGUACUGUUGGUAGGGCUGAUGGGAUUAUCAAUAAUUCACAUUCUUCUAAAACUUUUACACCUAGUAAGUCAAGAAAAAAAUUCAGUACUCCUACAAAAUCUAUCAUAAAAUCAGUAACUGGACUGGUAUUCCAAGAAAACAAUACUCUAAUUUCUUGUGGGGCUGGUGAUGGAAUAUUAAAAAUAUGGGAUCUCAGAAAAAAUUACACAACUUAUAAGAAAGAUGCACUCCCUAAGAGUACCAUACCAUAUCCUGGUAAUACCACAAAAAAUGGUUAUAGCAGUCUCAUCAUAGAUGAUGCAGGAAUUAAACUAUAUGCCAACUGUUUGGAUAAUACAAUUUACUGCUAUAAUGUUGGAACUUACUCUACAGAUCCUAUAAUGUGGUAUACUGGACACCAAAACAGUACUUUUUAUGUGAAAUCUUGCUUGAGUAAAAAUGGCUCAUACAUAAUGAGUGGAAGUAGUGAUGAAAAUGCUUACAUAUGGAGUACAAAAAGAACAAAUCCUCUUGUAAAAUUGACUGGGCACUCUGCAGAAGUAACUUGUGUAGCCUGGUCUGAUAAAAAUAACUUGUUAGUAACUUGUUCUGAUGAUAUGACCCACAAAAUAUGGACCACUGGGCCUGAACAAUUGCCUGAUGACUGGGAAAUCAAUGGUAAAGGGGUAGCUGAAAUAUUGCCACUGAAAAAUACUGGUAAUAUGAAAUAUAGAUCUACAAAGAGGCCUUCAUUAGAUGAACCAGAGUACACACCUAAAAAAACUUUCACAGAGUGUUGCAAAUGCAACAAUAUUACAGCAUCUAUGUUUUGUGAAAAUUGUGACAAUAAUUCUAAACGUAAAAACUCAUGUGAGUUACAAAGUGCAAAUAAAAUGGUGCAAACAGAAUUUGGCCCCAGGAGGCUCUUUGCCAAUAUUAAUGAUUCUAAUAUUGAAAAGGCAGAUAGUUCAGCUGACACUUUUGAAGAUAUAAAUAGUAAAAACCAUUAUGAACCCCCUUGCAAGGUGCCAAAACUGGAAAAUUGUUUUGGGGAAAUCAACAUUUCUGGUUCUCAUGCAGAAUGUAAAAAUGAUUACUCAUCUACAACUGAUGCAGUUGACAGUGAACAAACAGCUGACCAUUCAUUGUUGAAAGUUCUCCCUGGGCAAAACAAGGAUGUCAUGAUAAACUCACCUACUACAAAUUUACCAAACUAUGUCAUAGAUGGGGUGGCCCCACACUUGAAUUUCUCUCCUCCAAAGAAAAAAUGUCAGGAUUGGCUAACCAGAUUAAGAAUUGACAAAAUGCUGCGCCAAGAGAUGUUUGACAAAACUGUAGGUGCUUGCACACCUAAACAGAAUAGGCCAGACGUGAAAGGUAGAAAGUAUUUGACACCUAGAAGUCCAAUUUUAAAAUAUUUCAAAGUUACCAAUAGUCCUCACAAAUGUGAUGGAGCUUGUUCUAAGUAUCACAACAGUUGUUCCUCAGCUCUCAAUUCCACUGAUUGGAAACAAACUGAUUGAAUAGAUAUAUAACUGUGGAAAAGUAUUCAAUUUUCUAAUCUUCAAUAAAAUAAUAGAAAUAGAUGGGACAAUAGAUUCUCAUCUAAUAUUUGGUCAGCAAGUAUAAUAUGUCAUUCAUUUCUGAAAAUUUCAUUAGUUCUGCAAUGUUAGUUUGUAUAUACUUUAUUCCCAAUAGAAUGAAUCUUCUUAAAAAAGCUCCUAGGAGCUACAGC